AGGUGACCUACAAUCACAUCUUCAUGGAAAUGUGGGAAGAUGAGGAUUGGCUUUGGGCCGAGCUGCAGAAGAACAAGGCCAUGGCGCCCAAGGCGUUGACGUCCAUGGGCUACGGUGGAAAAAACUCCAUGUACAUGCGGAAAAGCCUGCAAGAGUCUGUGGCCGAAUCUGAAGGGUUGCCGUUGGAGUUCUACACCUCAUACAAUGCCAAGUGGUGGAAGCCAUGGCUCUAUUUUGACAACACCUCCUCGGUCAAUGCGACCAGGUUCCUCAAGAAGUGCAGCGAGACAACACUCUUCUCGGACGGCCCGAUGCGGAACUACCUGGCGCAAACGGGUGAUAGUGAUGGAGUACAGAUGAUUGAUGGUGCAGUUGUGGGUUCAUGUCCUGAUGAGUACUUUUGGAGGGCGCCAAGUUGUCGUAACGAGACCUUCAAGUGCGUGAUGUUCUUUACCAGCGGUGCUGGUUGGAACCUUGAGCUGGUCAUGCACCAAGCAACUGCUUGGAACAUGCCGAUUGCUGUGGCAAUUGCCAACACAUGGGCGGAUUUUGUUGCAAUGCCAGUGGCACACCAGAGCCUUUUCUAUUGGUGGGAGCCAGAUGCAACUUUCCUGGAGAUGGCACCAGUUGAGGUGAUUUUCCCACCGCAUGACAGUAUUGGCCAUGCCAAUGGAGAUUUCAAAACAGCUCAGAGGACAAUCAAACUCUCCAAAGGCGUCAGCAAAGACUUGUCGUCACUCUCUCCCAGAGUGGAGAAUUUUCUGGUGAACAUGGAAAUCAGCGCGACCAUGAUCCAAGCAAUCCUGAUGGACCAGAAGAACACAGGAGAUUCCUGGGACGAUGUCACCUGCCGAUGGCUCCAGAGCAACAAAGCCACGUGGGAAUCAUGGUUACCAGAUGAUACCACUUGUUUUGCGGGCUUUGGGCUCGUUGACAUCGAGUCUGGAGAGCUUGCAAUGGAUAGAACUGUUCGCGAGGGCAAAAGGUGCCAAGUUUGCCCCAGCGGUACCUUUUCUGAGCGCUUGGUGGAUUCCAUCGGCGUGACCCACAUCUGUUCCGCAUGCCCCUUGGGCACUAGCCAGGCUUUGGGAGCCUCGCUCAAGUGUGACCCCUGUGACAAGGGCACAUACCAAGACGAGCUGGGAAGCCACAGCUGCAAGCGUUGUCCACUGGGCACCUAUCAGGAUCAAGAGGGUCAAGUCCAAUGCAUUGCGUGCCCGGAUGGAAGCAGCACGCUGGGCUUGGGAUCCGUGGUGUUCACCGAUUGCGGCUGCGUUGAGGGUCGCAUUGACGUUGCGCCUGCAGGUCUGACGUGCGAGGUUUGCAGCGUUGGCUUGACUUGUCCCGCCAUGGGGACCUUGGAGAGUUAUGAGACAGGCGUGCAUCCUUUGGGCGCGAAGCACUUGCCUAUUGUGGACGCAGGCUACUACACCACGGCAGCUGAGCCCUUGAAGGUCUACAAGUGUGGCAAGAUCUGGCACUGCCCAGGCGGCGUCCCAGACUCUUGCGCAGGUGGUCUUGCUGGAGUGCCAUGUGCUGAGUGCCCACAAGGUAAGACAUGGAGAGAAGGACAAUGCAUGGAAUGUGAAGCAUGGGAGCAAAUCCUUUGGGGCAUCAGCGUGGUGGGAGUCUUCCUUUUCCUUACGGCGUCCUAUUAUUUGAUGACUUCAAAGGUGUCGGCUAAGGUCGGGUCGCUGGUUGGAUGAAGGGGAGCUGGGGGCAGGAUAUGUUUGGAGUUUCUGUGUCGUUUGAGAGACUUCCUGCAAGACGGCGCUUUAGAUUCCUUCUUCGUGUCGUGACAGAGGCGUCUACAAGGUGAGACCCGGGCUCUAUUGAAGUUAACUGGAAGUUGUAUAGAUU